CCGCUGCUGCUGCUCCUGGCGCUGGGACACACGUGGAGCUACCGCGAGGAGCCUGAGAACAGCGACAGAGAAGUCUGCUCAGAAAACAAAAUCGCCACGACCAAAUACCCGUGUCUGAAGGCCUCGGGCGAGCUCACCACGUGUUUCAGGAAAAAGUGCUGCAAAGGGUAUAAAUUUGUUCUCGGACAAUGCAUCCCAGAAGAUUAUGAUGUGUGUGCCGAGGCCCCCUGUGAGCAGCAGUGCACAGAUAACUUCGGCCGCGUGCUGUGUACUUGUUACCCGGGAUACCGCUAUGACCGUGACAGACACCGGAAACGGGAGAAGCCCUACUGCCUGGAUAUCGACGAGUGUGCCACCAGCAACGAGACUCUGUGUGCACACAUCUGUGUCAACACCUUGGGCAGCUACCGCUGUGAAUGCCGGGAGGGCUACAUCCAGGAGGACGACGGGAGGACAUGCAUCAAGGGAGACAAAUACCCCAAUGACACUGGGCACGAUGAGAAGGCUGAGAACGCGGUGAGAGCUGGAACCUGCUGUGCUUCAUGCAAGGAGUUUCACCAGAUGAAGCAGACGGUGCUGCAGCUGAAGCAAAAGAUCGCCCUGCUCCCCAACAGUGCUGUUGACCUGGGCAAGUACAACACUGGUGACAAGGUGCUGGCCUCGAACGCCUACCUUCCAGGGCCUCCUGGCCUGCCUGGGGGUCAGGGCCCUCCUGGCUCACCAGGACCAAAGGGCAGCCCAGGCUUCCCGGGUAUGCCGGGCCCUCCUGGGCAGCCGGGCCCACGGGGCUCAAUGGGACCCAUGGGACCAUCUCCUGAUCUGUCCCACAUUAAGCAAGGCCGGAGGGGCCCUGUGGGCCCACCAGGUGCACCAGGAAGAGAUGGCUCUAAGGGGGAGAGAGGAGCUCCUGGACCCCGAGGGUCUCCGGGGCCGCCUGGUUCUUUCGACUUCCUUCUGCUGAUCCUGGCUGACAUCCGCAACGACAUCGCCGAACUGCAGGAGAAGGUAUUCCGGCACCAGACUCACUCUUCCCACUCUUCAGCAGAGGAGUUUUUACCUCAGGAAUUUGCCAGCCAUCCGGAGACCAUGGACUUGGGCUCUGGAGACGACUACUCGAAGGGGACUGAGACAAGAGACGUGGGGACCCCCAGGGACUUUUAUCCUUAGCACAUGCCAGCAGCUUCAUGCCAGAGGAAGAGAAGUUUUCACACCUGCAGUUAAAUCAUCUAAAGAGAAGACAAGAAAACAAAACCCACCACUGGAGACCUAGACAAGAUACAUUUUAAUGAUCUUUGCUCUUUUCCUGCCUUCUCCCUACUUUUUUUCUCCCAAAUACUAUUUUCAUAGGCCCCUACUAGAGGUACUGGUUAUAUGAGGGAGUAAAUGAUUGGUUUAUAUACCUCCCUCUGAGAGCAGUUGACAUUGGAACUGCUCUUUUAUUUAUUUAUAUUUUUUGGAACUUUUGGGUUUCUGAGUUAAAUAUUCUCACAGUAUCUUAAAUUUGACAGAAUAAAAGGGAAAAGUGGCAAGGUGACCUCCAAGAAAUGUUAGGUUACUUAUUUAAAAAAUUAGACAUGUGUCCAAAGGAGACUAUUACUCCUCAAUAUCAAAAUAAGGCUCUUCAAUGAAAAGGUCAAGACAACAGUGUAUAUUUACUUUGGUGGAUAAUUCUUUGUCCUUGUUGAUCUAAUAGAUAUUCAAUAUUCUAGCCUCUUGUCCAACCUCACUUCCCAAAUUCAAUUAAAGAUAGGAGAGAGUGAAGAAAGAACAGUUAGGGAAGAUGGAGAAAAUUAGUCAUAAUAUUUACUGCUAUAUAGGUUGCUACAUUCUAAAUUCAAAUACAACUAUUAAAUGUUCAUGCCAUGCUUGUCUAUAAGUAUCCUCCUCAGAAAAGGAAGUUACCUAGAUGUAGGACUAAGUCCUCUUUUCAAAAAAGAGAAGUAAAUAAAGCGCCCUGAUUCACAUUAGGACAAUGGGUUCCUGUUUUGCCAGGACAUUUUAGAGCUGUUUGAUCAAACGAGUGGGCCUGUUCAGUAAAUCACAGAUUAUUGGUUGAACAAAGGUGGAUGACCCUUAGAGAGAGUUGCAGAAAUUCCCAGGCUCUGACUGGGUGCCCAUUGAAAAAACAGAGGUGCCAUUAGGCUAUGAUUCAGGUUGGGUCGAUGCACAAUGGGACUCAGGGCUAGAAGGAGGUAGCUGGCUCAGGUUGUUGACUAGGGAGAAGGGGAACCUCGGGCAGGGACCCCACUAACCACAGAGACAAGUAUUUUGCUCUCCUCGGGGAUUAGAAGUCCUCAUCUGGGGCCAGCCAAGCUUGCCAGUAUAGAGAAUUAUAUACUAUUGAAAGUUCUAGAUGUGGAAGGGGAAAAAAAACAAACAGUGUGGCAGAAAUUUCCUUCCCACUAGUCCCUUUUUUUCUUAAUUGUCCAUAAUUUAGUUCAAGUUCCAGAUGUUGCAGGCCUUUCCGUUCCCAGCCAAUGCUGAAGGCCUUGGGAAAGGGGUAUAUUCCCCCCUCCAUUCCGUCAGUGUUUGCUUGUACACCUCUGGGCCCCAUGGGAAGCAGGCUCUGGAGCAGGCUUUCUCUGGAUCCACAGAGGCAGGAGCAAGAGGAUGUGCUCCCAAGGACCAGCAGGAUUGACUUCUCCCUUGUAUUGUUGGGGAACCACUUAGCUUUGAGGGCAGCGUGCAGGUUUCUUGAAGUACAAGUUCUCAUUUGACACACGGACUGGCUUUUCAUUCACCUGGCCAGGAGCCCUUCACCCUUACAGUGAACCUCACCAGUUAUCCUGCCACAGCUCCUGUUUGCUUGUGUUGGGGUUUCCAUUUCCCAUCCUAUAUGAUUUCCCCCCAUAUUUCUGGGAGAUUCAUGUUCAGUUUUCUUUUCCCAUCAUUUAACUCUCUUCCUGGGAAACUUGUUUCAAGAGAACCACUGUUGGUGUUUGCACGCCAACAUUCCAGCUUGCUUCAGGUUGAUGGACCGGGCUUCUGUUUGCGAAUCUCAAGGGACAGCAGCCUUCCCUCCCAUCAUUAGAAACUCGGGACUCCAGUCAGUCAGCCAACGGCCGAGUUUUUCACAAACAUGUCCGUGCUUCUUCCUUGUGCAAAAUUCCCAAGGACUGUCCACCAGAAUGUCACAGCUGAAAGCCACACAUUCCCAACGCUCCUCUCCUAGCACUUCCCUUCCCUCUCCAGCCUCGCCAGCACGGGUUUACGAGGCAAUGAACUGAGCAGCCGUUGCUUCGCAUCUGGAAUAUAUGUAAUGUUCGCCUGCUUGUGGAGUACAGUAUUUAAAGGGUGUGGGUGGAUGAAUGCUAAAGAAAAUUGUGCACAAGCUCUAUGAGAAAUUAUUAGGUCUGUCUUUGAUGUGUUUUUAAUGAGGAAUUUUAUUACCUUUUCUUUUAACAGUGAACUGUGUUUAGAACUAUAAUCUUCUUUAUUGUUAAAUGCUCAUAAAAUGCAAGCAAACUGCAUGUUGGACAUGCAGAAGCUAGGAUAAAUAUAUUAAAAGCAUGAACUGAUGAUAGUAAUAUCUUGGAUUCAUGAGACUAUUCUAGAUAAUAUUCUCCAGCAAAACACACAAUAACCUCUAUUUUAUCAUCUCAGUCUGCUGGAUCAGGUCAGUUUAUAAAAUAAUUUUUCAUCCUUGGAUUUUCAGAAGUUGGACUAGGACCACAGGACUAAAUAUGCACUCUGGAUGCCCAAAUUAUAUUUUUCAAAGAUAAGACAUAAUAAGGCACUAUUAUUUCUAAUGUAUCUUUCAGUUAUGGAUAGAAAACCAAAGCUUCGCUAAUCUAAACAGGCCAGCUGCUCAAAACCGAAUGGAAAAGCCACUUUGGGGAUAAAAUUUGCUACAGUUUUGCUAAACCGCUUCAUGGUUCAAGGGGGAAAGGGUCUUUGUAACCUCUUCAACCCGCCAGCAGAAAUGUCGACUUCCAUGUUAUGCACCCUGAUAACUAGGACUUGUGAAUAGGACCUAAAUAGAUUGCUUCUGUUUCGGGACAGCAAUGGGAAUAAAAAUCUGCUAUUGGAAAUAGUGCAGGGAAGGCGAACAUUUUAGUUUGGGAAUAUCUCCCUCCCUUCCUAGUUCCAGAGAAAGAAAUGAUAAGCUUACUAUGCCAAAGGGCUUGCGGGGUACAGAGGGAAUGCUGUCUUCUCUCUUCUUCCCUGUUAAAUUGCAACACCUGCCACAAAAUGAAUUGACCAACUGAAGUCAUUUCUAUUGUAUAAAGGCAGACAGGUGUGUCCACAGUUAAACAGGUAAAUGAUGAAAGCACAUGGGCAUUGGUGGGAGUAUCACCCCACCACAUACCAGGUGGAGGGCACCCUGGUUCUGGUCAUGCUCCCUCUCCAGGGUUCGUAACUGCUUUGGCCUCGUGAGCCCCAUUUCCAGACAUGCCGGGGAAGAUAAUCUCCGUGCCAGACAUGUCCUUGGGGUGACAGCAAACCCCUCAUCAUACUUUGGGUGUUACUCCCCCUCUCUCUGUCCCCCCACUCCAGCCUGUCACAGAGAGAAGCAGCCUCAUUGUGCAAACUUAACAUCUAUCAGAUAGCCUUCCUAAAAAAGACGUAUAUUUGCAGGAAUCUGGGCCAAACAACUAGUAGAAUAGAGCCAUCUAAAGUUAUUAAUGAUGAAUUCAGGGAAGCUGAUGGAUUUUCCUUGGCACUGUCAACAUGUAUGUCUCAGAACAAAUCAAAAAAUGAUUUUCCAUUUGAGAAAAAAACACAUGCGACCAUGACAUAAUUAUUAAAAAUCUUGGGCUUUACAUGCUCCUUCAACAAAUACCAUUAGUGCUUUAGGGAAACCAUAGGAAGAAGAGCUUUCCAUAUCCCCCAGGGACCUCAGUGUUUUUUGUUAUUUCCCCAAAGCAAGUACCCUGGGGGGGGGGGGGGUCAUCCGUGUGGGGACUUUCUUUACUGCCCAGGGACUAGUCCUAUUCUUCAGCAGCUAUUUUGUUCAUUAUUUGUAAGAGGUUCACACAACAGCGGAGCUAGUAUGCAAAUAGUUAUGGAUGUGAUACUAUGAAGUACU